UACACGAAAAUGGAUGGCCAGCAAUCCAUGAAUUUUUGUUUGUGCGUGAUUUUUAUGAAAAAAAUUAUUUGAAAGAAAGAAUUAAUUUAAGUUUCAGAUAUUUUAAGUGUUUAAAAAUAAUUUUUUGAUAGAGCAGUAUGUGUUUUAUAUUGCUAAUAAUAAAUUAAUUCAAGCAUUAUUGCUUACAAGAAACGCGCAAAUUAGUUAAGAACAAGCAUUUUACAUACCAAAAAAGCAAAAAGAAUUUAUUUCCACUUAUUCUUCGUUAAGCAAUUGAUUAGUGAAUAACUAUUAAAAAUAUAUGUAUAGUGAGCGGAAACUGCUUGCGUAAAUAAUAAAUGUUGAAAAAAUUCUGCUUCUGAUUAUGAAAAGUGAAUAUUGUUCAAUAAAACAAAAAUAAGAAAAUAAAAUUGUGAAAUUGAUAUGUUAUGCACGUAAGAAAAGCAGCAGCAUAGAAAUUACGAAGUAGAAAAAAAUUUGGUUAAAAAGCAUUAUUCUGGGGUUGUCUUCGUCAGACUUGCUGUCUUCGCGUAUUUGAGACUCCGCUGGCGAAACACUCGACAGUCUCGGCCGGCCUCGUUGCCGCGCACUCGUUUUAGUGUAACUGCGGACGCCGAAGUGAGCAGAUUUGUUUUUUGUAUUCCGCAUUGUGCGCUUUUUGUAUUGCCAAGGAGUACAAUCGUCCAGAUGCUGCUGCUGCAUCCAAACACCUAAACUAAAAAAGCAACAAACCUUUUCAAGGGUGGAACACUUUUUGAUUCGUUCCACGUUUGUUUUAAUUACGCUGUGUAAUAAAAAAUAAAUCGCAAAUUUUUUGACGUUUAAAAAGUAAAGAAAAAAGCAUUAUUUAAUAUUGUGGGCAAUUAUAUCCUUACCAAUUAAAGUAAUAAGAUGUUAAGUUAUCCUUGAGAAAAUGAUGGAAGCUUUGAAUCAACCAUCUUCAACCGGUGGUGAUAGAAGAGAUAAUGUAAACAUUAAGGAAUCUUCCAAUCAGUCAAGAAAUUCUUCAUAUGAUUCAGAUGAUAAUGAAGCUAAUGUUAAUGCAUUAUCAGAGGAACAUGCUUCAAACUCUAAACAUUUAUUUUUCACACAUAGUAAGAAAAAUUCUUUGGAAAAUGGUGAUGAUUUUCACAAAUCCUCUGAGCAGCAUGAACCACCUUAUGCAAACACCAGUGAUUUGUUCCUUAAAAACCAAACAUUGAAUACAAAAACAAUUACAAAUAAUGCAAAAAACAAUGAAGAAUUAAACAAUGAAGGGUACGAAGCAACUAUUGCAAAUAAAAUUGAUAAUAAUGUACCCAAUUUAUCUAACAAUUCUACGUUCGGUUCUUUGGAAAAAGAAGUAAAUAGCAAUAAUUAUAAUGAUAUUUCCAAUACACAAUCUGAAAGUCCAAAUGACACUACUGAAAGUAGAGAAUUUUAUCAAAACGUGACAGCUAUAGUUAGUACGCCAAAUGAUCUCCAUAAAAAUGAAUCGCUUGUCAAAUGCGAAACAAAUAAUUUAUCGAUGGCACCAUUUAUCAAUGUUCGAAAGCAGAACAAAAAUGACGAUUUUGCAGUUAAUACAAAUAAUAUCAGCUUUGAUGAGAAAUUCAGUGAUGACGACUACGUUGGUAAUUCUCUGAGUAUAGAUAAUGAAACUGACGAAUGUUCAAAAGCAUAUAGUAUAGAGGCGGAAAAGGAGUCUACUCAAAUAUGUAACAAGCUCAAUUACAUUGUGGAUGAUACCACAAACAAAACUGAUUCGAGUAACGGGAAUGCAGAGAUAAAAAACCGAAAAUAUUCUUUCAGUAAUGACCAAGUAUCAGAUUUAAUAAUUAAACAAAAAUUGAGCAAUUGUUUUAAUACGUUGAAUAACGAUUGUGAUUUAGAAAACUCUUCAAAAGAAAAUGAAGAUAAAGUGCUUGAAACUGAAGACAGCUUAGCCAAUAACUGUCGUACAAGUUAUUCUUACGAUAGUAGCAUAAUAUCGUUGAACGCAAAACCGUUUAACAUUGCUAACGAUAACAGCGCAUCUUGUAACCAUCUAUCUGUUAAAACCAAUGAUAGCCAUCAUGACUUAAAUGAUAUUUCAAAGAGCGCUUUUAAUAGGGAACGAACACUUUCAAAUAGCACGAUUUCUAAUUCUUCACAAAAUUCGAAAAGUUCUCCAUAUAAACCUAUUUCUAAAGUUAAUGGUGAACAUGGAGAUAACACAAAUACAUCAGGACAUUUAUCAAACCGAAUUAAUAAUUCUUUUGUUGAGAGUUAUAAUACAGAUUGCUGUACUGAUGAACUAAAUACAAAUCUUAUAUCUAACGAAGACGCAAUGGGGAGAGAUACACAAAAUUACGUUCAUAUGGUUGAUGUAAAUGAAGCAAGUCGGUCGUCAAUGUUGUCGUCUUGUAAAUCAACGGAUUCUUCGUCUUCACAUCAAUUGGUUAUUGAUCAGCAAUUAGAUGACCAAGACGUUGAAUUAGUUCAGCCGACAUCACCGGUAAACGAAUUGCAACAACCACCAAUAAAAUUAACUAUUAAGCGAAAAACAAGUAGCGGUAGUAGUAAUACAGAAAAAGAAAAUCAACCAAAAAAAAAGUUCUUAAUUGAAAAUAUUCGAAAUGAAGCUAUCGACUUGACUUGUAAUGAUCGUUACAAAACAGAGAAAAAUUUAGUGUUAGUGAAACCAACGGAUUUAAGUCAGGAUGUUCGUGUCAGCACAGUUCCCACAAAAUCCAUAUUGUUACAACAAUUGGAAAAACCUUGUUUAGAUACUAAUACAAUACGUAAAACAAUAUUUCAAACAUCAGAAGUAACUUUACGAACACUUGCAAACACUACUUUUCCAUCUAUGUCAUGUUCAUCCGUUGUGCCCACGGGAGAUAACACAAAAUUGGAAUCGUUAAGUAUGAACACGGAACAACUUAACACAAUUCCAGAGUUUUCCACACGCGGAUCAAUUUGUAGAUCGAACCUCAAUUUAGAUGUAUUUUCAUCUAAACCUGAGACCCAAUGUUCAUAUCAAGAGGAUUUUAUUCAGCCUAUAAUAAAUGAACCCUUGCUUAGAUGCACAAUUUGCAAAUCAGUGUAUAUACGUUGGAAAAUGUUUGUUCAUAUGAGAGAGAAACAUAAGAAGUUUUAUUGUGUGUACUGUACAAAAACGUAUAUAACUGUAGAAAAACUGGCUAUGCAUCUAGAAAACAAACAUGACAUGGAGCAAAAUCACUUCAGUUCAAAUGAGGUAUUAAAACAAAGUAUAGUGAAAAGUGAUGGUCAGCCAAUAGACGAAUUUUUACUGGUUUGUUGUACUUGUCAACAUAUGUUUAAAUCAACCGAUUUUUAUGCAGAACAUGAUUGCAUCAAUUACUUUAAACCUGCUAGUGCAGAUGAAAAUUUGGUUCAAAACUUAAAAAAUACACAGGUACAAAUUGAAGUAACGCGUAACUUACAUAAUAUUAGCAGAAAAACAAAUAUAUUGGAAAGCCCACAUACAUCAGUAUCGAAACUCAGCCAAAAUACACCUGCACCUGUAUCAUCCGUUAAAAUUGCUUCGAAUGAAAUAAAUUCUUAUCCACCGUUACCGAUGUUUGGAUCUGAAAGGCUUCAACAUUCUCACCAGCAGAAUUCCCCUAUAGGUUUAAUUAGCGGUGAUAUAAAAGCUCGUCUUGAACCUCAGCUGCAAAUAAAUUGCCAUAAUUCGCAAAUUCAGUUAACAGACGGUACCCAAAGUCACAUUAGUGAAGAUACGGGUAUAGAUAUAGACAAAGCUCAAUUAAGUCACCUUUCUAGUUCCGAAAUAAAUUCUCCGAUCCAAAAUUCAUCACCUCUUGUGCCACCUCUUUUAAGUGUGCCAGAUAAGUUAAUCGUCCCUAAAAUAAAAUUACGAGUUCCAAAAGAGUUUCAAAAAUCCGUAGACGACGCGAUUAGUUCAAUGGAAAGUGAAGAAGAAGAAGAGGUAGAAAGAGAUUCUUCUGAAAAGAGUGUGGCAAAAGUUAGUGAACAUUCUAAUAACUCACCAGUGGCAGCCACUUCAGAUUUUAUUCCCUCUCUUGAUUAUGAUUCCAAUACUAUGACAGCUGCCGAAGUAACUUUAUCACAAGAUGAUAAUGAUAAAAGUAUGUCCCUUCCUGAUGAUGAGGAUUCUCCUGAUGAGACUAGUACACAAAUGAUGUUACUGCAACAAGAAAUUGAACGUACCAAACAAAAUAUUGAACGUAGGAAGCAUAAACAGCAGAUGCGUAAACUCGCUAACCAAAAUAAAUUAGAGUCACCGCCAUGCUCAAGUGAGUUUUUAAAAGAACCACAUUGGGUACCUACUCCACCAAUUUCACCACAUUCAUCGCGUUUGGUAACCCAAAAAGACGAAUUGAAAGCUAUAGAUCCCACAACUGAAAUUCAGUUGUCAGGUGAACAAAUACCUCCUCAGCAGCUGACACCUCCUCAUAGAUUAAGAGAUCGGAAAUGCAGUCAGGGUAGUGAAAUAAUGGAGAUUGAUGAAACAAUAACUAAAAGAGAGGUAAUAUCUAUAAGUACAGCUAAUGCAUUAAAGGACCCAACUUCAUUAGAUGAUAGAAACAAUAACGUAGAUACAAUAAAUACUGAGACUACAGUAGAACCUACUUCUCUGUCAAUAUCUGUUGAUCUCGAAUGUCUAGAAAAGGAGACGAUUCUUAGUCAAUUAUCUAUAAGUUCUAGUUCGACAGAGAACAACGAAAGUCAAGAAAUUGAUGUUUGUAAUACUAUGUUAGACGAUGAAUGUAAAGAAGUAAGUGAUCCAGAAAAAGUGGUGUCGGGUGAUGGUAUAGAACUUGCUAAUGAAGAUGUAAUGCCUGUGGAGUUAAAGUUGAGCGAACCACUAAGCAAGAUAAAUUCUGUUAGUUUUUUGCGGAUAUGUUUACUCGCUGUGCAUUCAAUUUGUUUAUAUUGUAACUAUGCGCGCCGCAUUGCCGUCAAUGGAAAAAGUCUUGCUCUGCAUAUGCUAUCUCAACAUCGCUUUACGGCAGUUGUAGAUAGCAUAACUGCCGAAGAAUUAAAAACAGAAAAAAUAGUAGAUAAACUUAAAAGUUUAUUGCCAUUAUUAGAAAACGAAUAUUUAAAUUCUUCGAACUAUUGUACUUAUGAGGAUGGAGAGCACUCAAAAUCGUUUAAUGAGCGUACCUUCGAAUGCUUUCAAUGCCGUUAUGCAACUACUACCUACAAAGAAUUGUAUAUGCACAACCGCAAAAAUCACAAUAAAUCUGCUAUACUUUGUUUUAUGUGUCGUACAAAUUUUUUUAGUUUCAGUGAAAUACUCUGCCACAUAUGUCCUGGAGUAUCAAACAAAUUGUCACCUCUGGAUAUGAAAUAUCGGUGUUGUUUGUGUGAUUUAAAUAACAUACCGUCGGCCUUUAGAUUAAUAGUGCACUUGCGAAAAAAACAUGUUUCAUGUGAUGUGUGCUUGGAGGAUUGUAAGGAUCAAAGUAAACUCGCUUCACACGUAUGGAAACAUAAACUAAAUCAUUUUUGCUAUCGUUGCAGUAUAGCAUAUCGUAGCAAAAUUGAUAUUACUAGGCAUUUGUUUUGGAAGCAUGGUACUGAAAGUAUAAUUUGUAAGCGUUGCUUACAGAAACGUUGGAGACAUGUAUAUCAUUUUUGUGCGCCGCCUAGUGAAUUUAUAUGUGAAAUAUGUAAUAUGAGUUUCAGUAAAUCCUUAUAUUUAAAUGUACAUAGAAGAGAACACCUAAACCAGUUUCCAUAUCAGUGUGAUAAAGAAAACUGUUGUGAAAAAUUUGUUUCAAAACGUUUGAUGUUAAAACACAUAACAAUUCAUAACCCACCGUUGGAGUUAACAGAACAGAAGCCUGAUGUUGGUAACAAAUUGGAAGAAAAAUGCUAUCAAAAUGAGAACAGAAGGAUGUCCAAACAGGAGGAUGUGGCCACUGAUAACAGUGUUGGUGUUCCUAACAGUGAAGUAAAAGAUGAGCCUAAACAAGAGGAAGCAAAUAACACUGUUACAGAAUUAAUCUCUGUAAAUGAAAAAGAUGAAACUGAAGUUCCACAUAAAAAAAGGAAAAAAAAUAAACGGUCGAAAGAAUCUAUUGCAGAUCUUAAUUUGGUUGUACCGAAUCUUUCCGAAUCUGAUAGUAGUAAUGAAAGUGAUAGAGAUAGUCAGAUCCCAGUAAAAAACUUUGAUAUAAACUCUGUACCACAGCCUAUGCUGUCACCGUUAUCAGACGCAGAAAAUGCUAGUAACGAAGAAAAUAUGACAAAAAAAAUUUCUGACACUGGAAAUGCUUUGGAAAUUUGGAAAAAUUUUAUGGAAUCACAGCAUGAGAAUGAAAAGAGUGCGGCACUUGGGGUAGCGUUAAAAAGACUUCGAAAUGAGUCAGAGUGUAGUGAUCUGGGCUAUCCAAUUGCUGGUCAACCGAUACCUGUUACUGUUUCUGAUCAUGAUUAUUGUUCAUUGUUUAAAGCUCAAACAAAUCUUCCAUCGCAAAAUGAAAAAACUCCAAUAAAUUCACCAAUGAACAUAUCAUAUAGCACGCCGUAUAAACGCAAGAACAGUAAAGUUCAUCGGCGAUCAGGACGAAAUUCAGAUGAAUCUAGCUCAAGUGAUAGCAGUUCAAGUUCUGAUAGCAGCUGCAGUUGUGAAUCAAAUUGCUCAUGUAGCUCAAACACAAGUGAAACGUCGAGUAGCUCUUCUUCAGAUGAUAGUGACUCAUCUAAAGAGUCACAUUCGUCUUCACGUAAAAAUUAUCGCAAAAAGUCUGAAAGAGACCGUUUGAGUAGAAAAAGCGAAAGUAUUUCUCCAAAAAAACCGCAUAAUGGGAUUGAAUUAAUUAAUGAAGAAGAUAAAGGAAACAAACAUAAAUUGAAUGAAGUUGAAAAACCAAAUGAAUCACCUGCUCCAAAUAUUGUAUUUCUUGAAACGGAUUUGUGGACUACAGAUUCAGAUACUGAUGAAGAUUUUUAUGACAAGAAUCCACAAAAAAUGAAUAUGGAGCUAUUAGAAAAGGCUCGGGCUAGAUUUUUGAGUGAGGCUUUAAAUGUGGGAGAUACGUCUGUGUCAAUGAAAGAUGAGGGCGUAGCAAACUUUACUGAUGAUACAACAUUUGGAAAGAGAAACAAAAUGAAAAAGAAAAAACGUGAACGUAAAUCCGCAAGUCAAACAAUUAAUACCGAAGCGCCGGCGCUAAAUAUAAAUACCAUGACUGAAGUAGGUGCUACUGCAUCAACAAUCUCAGAGUCCAUCAUAUCUAUUACAAAAGAAGCAACAGAAAAUUUAAUAACAGAAAAAUUAGCAAUAUCAACGAAUCAUCAAAAAUCAAAUAAAAAAACCCCAGAACAACGUAUUAUAGAGGCGCUUUCCACUCCAUUGCAUAAUUCAUUCUCAAUGUUCGGUCUUGCUUGCCGAACCCACCAACCGCCCGUGACACCUUCGCCUUCGCAACUUAUUGCAAAACAUAUAGGCUUUAAACGUGAAAGUGAAGGUAGCAGCUGUUCUGAUGCAGAUGCUGCCCUUAAACGCUCUAAGCGUUCACGUCGACGAAACAGAUUUUACGGUUAUUCAUCUGAAGAGGAUAACCCAACAAAUAACUUACGAAAAGGAACGCAUCCCUAUCUGCCACAAUCGCCACCGCAAUUAACGUGGCACAAAGAAGAUUUACCCACACCUUCAAGGAGCAUAAUAAAAAGUAAACCAGCACGUUUAUCAAACUUACUAGUUAAUAAAUUGACGCUAAAAAAGCGAAAUUCCUACCCAGAUUCUGAAAAGACUUCCCGUAAACGUAAGAAAAAAAAUCAAAUGCCAAUUCCAACUUUAAAAAUACCAAUGACACAAUUGAAUCAGGAUACAGGAACAACUACCAUUUCUUUAUUCGCUGUACCGGAUCAACCACAGAAGCAAUCUCUACCAUAUAAUUUCACAACAAAUACUGACUCAACAAUUAUUAAUGCUAGUUACAAUAACAGCGACGAAAGCAGCACUGAUGAAGGAACGCCACAAGAGCCUCAAAAAUAUGUACCGCAGACGACUAGUGUGCUUACUCCAGUUGGUCCCCCGAAACCACCGAAUCCAAUGUUUCGCACUGCGCAACAGGAGUUACCUCGUGCGCCACCGCCUCCACCUACACCUGAAACAAAAGCUUUCCGUCACAAAAUUCCACCAGCACUCUUACCUAAUCCUGAUUUACCUACAUUGCAAUAUUUCAAAGCUAACAAUAUUCGUUAUCCCAUACGACCACCAGCCGGUGCACGUCAAGCUCGCGAAGGGGAAGCAGUUUAUUGUUACUGUCGUUGUCCUUAUGACGAAGUAUCAGAAAUGAUUGCCUGUGAUGGAGCAAGUUGUCUAAUAGAAUGGUUCCACUUUGAAUGCGUUGGUAUUAUGGUAGCGCCGCAAGGUAAAUGGUUUUGUGCAGAAUGCAGGCCGCAGUAUUCUGAAGAACUUUACACAAAAACUAGUAUGUAAUAUAAAAUUAUAAAAAUAUAAACUUCAACACAAACACAAAUUUGUCACAUACAUUGAUAUAAAGAACGUCUUAUGAAUUAUGAAAUCAAAUACACUUAAUUAACUAUAUAAGUUAUAAAUACUAAGACGAAUAUUACGCUUAUUAAAUAAUAAUUUAAAUCAUAAUUAAAUGUAACAAUUUUUUUUACAAAAUUAAACUAAAACUAAUUAAAAUUUUAUCUCUGGGACUUAAGUUCAUAAAGUUAUUAAAGAAAUACAAUAAAAAGGAUGUGCAUUUCUUAGUAAUGACACACAUGAUACGUGGUAUUUACGUUGCUUACUAUCAUGUGGACACAAUGUAUAUAAUAAUAGGAGUAUCUAUCUUAAAUAUUUAUUUAAGCCUUUAGAAUAAGUUUAACUGAACAUAUAAAAAAAUAUUGUAAAUAAUUUAGAUUGAUUAAGCUUAAAUAAUGAACUUGGAAAAUUAAUUUUUAAUAUAUUUAUUCCAUAACUUAGUUAUUAAUUACAUUAAGCAACAUUGCAUAUAUUAUAUAUAUAAAAGAAAUAUGUGUUUAUAUGUCGGAAUUAGGUAUAUAUGUAACUGAAAAAUAUAUUAUAGAAAAACUAUGUGUAGGAAAAAAGAAUGAAUGUCUUAUAUAUGUGCACUUACAAGUAUAUAGUAAGGCUUACAUAAUUGUAAAUAUUAGAAACUUAAAUUUGUAGUACUGGAACGAUUGUAUAAUUGCCUGUAAUAAAGCCCAUAUUAUUGUAAAAAACUUAGUUAAAUAAUG